AUGAAAUAUCAAGAGAAAGCAAAAGUAAAAAUAUUACCAAAACCUAUAGCACCUGCAACUCAAGUCUCUUCACCUCUAAUUCAAGUAUCACCAAGUUUAUCAACUUCAUCACCAACUACAACAAUUGCAAAUAGGAAAAGAGCCAAAUCAACUACUGGAGCAAACAACGUCAUUUCCAAUACUGAAUUAAAAAGACAAAGAAAAACAAAUACCGCGUCGCCUAUUGAUCUUAAUCAACCAUCAUCUAUAACAACAACUCCAAAACCCUCAAAACAAACAGGUCAUAGACCAGUCACAUCAUGUACUUUCUGUCGUCAACAUAAAAUCAAAUGUAAUGCACUGGAUAAUUACCCUAAUCCAUGUCAAAGAUGUGAUAGAAUGGGAUUGAAAUGUGAAAUAGAUCCACAGUUUAGACCUAAAAAGGGUUCACAAAUUCAAUCCUUAAAAUCAGAUGUUGAUGAAUUAAAAGCUAAAAUUGAAAUGUUAACUAAAAAUGAAUCAUUAUUAACUCAAGCUUUAAAUCAACAUAAUUUAAAUUUUUAUCCAACAAGUUCUCCUCAAUUACAACCACAACAACAAAAUUAUCAAUCACAACCUCCUCCUCAACCUCAUAGAUCAAACCUGUAUCCAAUAACGUCUCAAACUCCCGUUACAUCACCAUCUUUAUUUUCACAAAGUAAUCAUAUAUCACCUAUUCCAUCAAUAACAAAUAUACAACAAAAUCCAUCAUUAAUGAAUGAAAAUUCUGAUAAUUCACCAUCAGCUUUAAAUACACCAGAAAUUAGAGAAGAAUAUUUACAACCAAUUUCAGAAUUUAUUUUGGGAGAUGUUAAUUUACCACUUGCAAAAGCUAAUGAAUUACAUGAUAGAUUUAUGAAAAAACAUUUAAAUUUUUUACCAAUAAUAAUAUCAAGAUCAGCAACUGAAUUAUAUCAUAAAUCAAAUUUAUUAUUUUGGGCUGUAAUAUUAACCGCAAGUUUAGGAGAACCAGAACCUACAUUAUAUAUGUCCUUAGCAUCAUUAAUUAAACAACUAGCCAUUGAAACUUGUUGGAUAAAAACACCAAGAUCAACUCAUGUAAUUCAAGCAUUAAUAAUACUUUCAAUAUGGCCAUUACCAAAUGAAAAAGUUUUGGAUGAUUGUUCUUAUAGAUUUGUGGGGUUAGCUAAAAAUCUUUCAUUACAAUUAGGUUUACAUAGAGGAGGAGAAUUUAUACAAGAAUUUAGUAGAAAUCAAGUUAGUUUAGGACCUGAUGCUGAAAGAUGGAGAACAAGGUCUUGGUUAGCUUUAUUUUUUUGUGAACAAUUUUGGUCUUCACUUUUAGGCUUACCACCAUCGAUUAAUACUACUGAUUAUCUAUUGGAAAAUGCAAGAGUUGAUCAAUCAUUACCUAAAGAAUUUAGAUGUUUAAUAUCUUUAUCAAUUUUUCAAUGUAAAUUAGUUAAUGUUAUGGGUAUUAGUGUUACAAGACCUGAUGGAUUAUUAGAACCGCUGAAUCGUGCAGGGUCAUUAAAUUUAUUAGAUAGAGAAUUGGAAAGAUUAAGAUUUAAAUUACAAAUUGAAGAUGGAUCACCUAUAGAAGUAUAUUAUCUUUAUUUGAAAUUAAUGAUUUGUUGUUUUGCAUUUUUACCAGGUACUCCAAUUGAAGAUCAAGUAAAAUAUGUUAGUUCAUCUUAUUUAUCAGCUACAAGAAUAAUCACAAUAGUCUCACAAAUGAUUAAUGAAAUAUCCUUGAUUGAAUUACCUAUAUAUAUUAGACAAGCAGUUACCUAUUCAGUACUAUUACUUUUCAAAUUACAUUUAUCAAAAUAUUUAAUUGAUAAAUAUGUCGAUUCAGCAAGACAAUCAAUUGUUACAGUUCAUAGAUUAUUCAGAAACACACUAAGUUCGUGGAAGGAUUUACAAAAUGAUAUAUCAAGAACUGCAAAAGUUUUGGAAAAUUUAAAUAUUACAUUAUAUACAUAUCCUGAUAUUUUUUUAAAAGAAGAUGAAAGUACAAGUAUAAUAUCAAGAAUGAGAUCUCAUUUAACUGCAUCAUUAUUUUACGAUUUAGUUUGGUGUGUUCAUGAAGGUAGAAGAAGGUCACAAUUAGGUAAAGAUAAAACAAGGUCUGAGACUAUUGAAUCAAAUGAUAAAAAAUUAUUACCAUUACCAUUUUAUAAUCAAAUCACAAAAGAUGAUUUUAGAACUAUUACAACUACAACUCCAAAUGGUACAACAAUUACAACUUUGGUUCCGACUGAUGCAGCAAUGAGUAAUGCAAGAUCAAAUGCUACAGAUAAUAAACCACUUGAAAUAAAUGGUAUACCAUUACCUUUAUUAGAUGCAACAGGAGCAAGAGAUGGAAUUAAUGGUGCACAAAGUCUCAUGUCUCAACAACAACAACAACCACCAAUAGAUCAACAACAACAACAAGUACUAAAUCAACAACCUCCAACACCAAUGUAUCAAGGAUCACCACCAAUUCUAGAUUUCAACACUCAAAUCACACCACAAUUACCAUCACAAAUCCAAGGAAUUCAAAAUUUUCAAAUUCCAAACAACAAUAACCCUAACAUGUCACCAUCCCAACAACAACAACAACAACAACAAAACUAUUUACCUACAAUACUGGAAAACCCUUUGAUACAAUUUAAUGAUUUUUUCUUACAACAAUCAUCAAUUGAUCAAGAUGAUGAUUUUUUGGGUUGGUUUGAUUCUAAUAUGUUAAAUCAACAAUAA